AUGGCUACCGUUGAGGACCAGAGAAGAUUAGUCAAAAGUGUAUGCCAGCGAAUCCGCCAGAUGCCAUGGGAACCACUCGCCCAAAAACAACACAACUCGGCGCGCGACAUUCCAGCGAGAGGAAAUAUCUGGAUCAGUCGACUCAAAUUUCCAGCACCUGCUAGCUCUAGUGUGCGCGAUGCCUUAUAUCAUGUCAUCAAUCAUCUUAAAAGUGACUAUCAUAAGAUCACUCCAGCAGACGAGACGCCUGUCUUGGAUGUCGGGGUCGAGUUCAUAGGAGAGCGCAAAGGCGUACCGUCAGAUGCUCCCGAACCUGAUAUCUCGGACGAGGACAAAUUACAAGCACUAGAGAAAGAAUGUUCCAGUGAUAUGACGAUCCUUUACAUUCAUGGAGGUGGCCUCUAG